AUGAAGCUCAACAUCAUCAUCUUCGCCACCGUGGCUUCUUUCGUCCUUGCCGGCCCCCUCGCGGCCCCAGACGAUGUCCCCGCCCUCAUCGCCGAGCCCGAGCGUGCUCCUGUCAACACUGAGUCCACCGGCGCCGAGAAUGUCAACGCUGUCCCUGCCCGCGACUGCCGUCAGUGUGACGAAUUCUAUCGGAAGUGCAUGGGCUCCACUUGGUGCUGGUACGACCCCAUGGCCUGCUCGAAGACCUGCAACCUCGACACUUGUCGCAAGUUCAACAAGGCCUGCACUCCCUGCGGCUACACCGAUAGGUGCUAG